CCUGCGUCAACGAGGCACGUCUAAACGCAGUCGAUGGCGGAUCCAUUAAGGCGCAAAGUAGCUUCCCUUGACACAACGGGUUAGUAGUUUGUGAGUAAGUGGCACUAAGGUAUCUCCACUUGGCGCUAUCUCUUCUAGGGUGGUCAUUAGAGGCCAUAUCAAGGGGACAGGCGUGGCAUUGCAUUGCUGCAUGCAGGGGAUCGAAGGUUAUAGAAGUAAUACAUUGUCGUGAGACUUCUUUCACAUUGACAGACAUUGAACUUGGUCGAUGAUGAUGAUAUACCCAGCACGAUGUCGAUGAGUGAUGAGAUAGAAAGCUUGAACUUGAACGAUGACGGGGUCGUGAAUUACUUCUUCACUUCUUCGUUCAUUUCUUUACUCUAAGUCGAGCCGUGAGCCACGUGCAGUUGCUGUCGUAGCACCAACUUCGUUUUGCACAGCUAUGGACAGUUGCGGUUCCAAGGAUGCGGAGACGGGAAACGCGUCACCAGAACAACCGACAAAGGAGAAGCCUACCGGGCCAGCACUGUCGACAACAAGGGAUUAA